CAAUUGGCCGGAUGUCUUGGAGUAAAUAACGAUCAGCGUUAAGAGUGACGCUUUCAUCUGAUUUCUUCGAUAAUGUGAUGAAAUGUAAUGUGAUUUUGUUUUCAGUCAAAAAGUUACAGUUGUAGAAUGGAUAGAUCUUCAAUACGCCCGCUAUAGCGACUUAAUUUGCUAUCUCAUGGACAGUUUGUGUCGUAUGGGCGUUUGAUUCCAUGGUAACUUUCUUUUGGGGACAUGCCAAAUCAACACGGAAGGCUGGUGGACAGUGUGGUCUUCGUCUUUCUAAAUAUUUUAGUGGGACCUAAGUAACCCAGUCAACCAGACAUUCCGAUCGAGCUGUAAUCUGGUGACAGACUGUGGUUAAAAUCAGGAUUAAAAACACUGCAACAACCUCAACUGUGCAUCCUGUUACAUCAUUCAUCCUGUUAUGAAAUCCAGCUGUCCCCUGUUUACAAGGCAGAAUCCUUUCCAACCAGCAUCCAGAGUGGGGAAGUCACACUACCACCCAUCCAGCAACCAGUCUCUGUCCAAAAAAAAGAAAAAGACAACUUUGAGUCCUGUACGGUUAAACCAGCGAUCCACUCCACAAAUACACACUCAGAGCCCAGAGAGCCAACAGCCAUCUGACAUACGUGACCACCAUUGUGUCGCCACAGAUGGACAGCCUGUUUUUCCAGAGUCCUGGCCCUCCACUGACUGUGGAUCUUCACCUGCCAGCGCUGCAACCUCAUCUGACUCAGAGACACCCAAACAAUCUGCAAGAGCAGGGAAAUCCACCGAUUCCUCUGAGCUAGGAGUUCAACAGGAUUCAGUGCUGGCAAAAUACAUAGAACGUUUUCGGCACGGUCGACCGCAGAGUCGAGAGGAGCGCCAACAGAUGGCCUCUGCGAUUAGAGAGGAGCAGCUGCCUUUUUGGUGGAUGUCACCCUCAUCUUCACCCCACAGCUCAACACCAACUAAAACAGCAGACAAAGAUCAGGUCACCCAGCCUCUGAGAGAUGACCAUAUAUCCGCCAUUUUCAGUCCAACUGGACAGCGCCACAGUGACAGAUCCCCUUCCCCGUGCAGAGGAUCGCUUAGUAUUUUGUCAGACACUUCCCAGGUUGAAUUUGACGACACAGAGAUACUAUGCCUUCAAGAGCAGGCCAGCAGACUUCUGCUGAGAGGUGGUGAAUGCACUGUGAGUGAUGGAUCUAUCCCUGUCAGCUCUGAAGGCGUGGGGUGCUCAGAUUUCUCUUCUCCUGUCAGCAUAGAUGAGCCGGUGCGAAGACCUUUCAUUCCUAGUUUAAUAAAAUCUACCACUGUGAAGGUCAGCUCCAACUCAGAUAAAGCUGUGUCCUCCCAAAAGUCUAUCAUUCCUUCCUUGGGACCCCCCACACGCCCAGAGGAGGACAUCUUGUUCCAGUGGCGUUUAAGGAGAAAGAUGGAGCAGGCCAGGGAUUGGCCUCCGUCCCUGCAACACUCCAGUCUUCACAGACCUACGCUUAGCUGGCAGGCUCCCAGUUUAAGCCCUUCCUCAACUGGUGGACAGGUUUACAAGAGCACUCAACCUCCUGAAUUCUCACAAAAAGAUAGUCGUCCACACAUCAUUGCUCCCCAGUCAGAAGCCAAUGAAGCCCAAAGAUCAUGUCCCCCAGCUUCAGGUCCACCUCCCUCCCCUGUUUUUGUUGUUUCUGGCUCUCCUGUCUCUCAGCCCCAGACUGUUGCCCAUGUCCCUGCCCACAUGCAUUUACUCUGUGAUGUCUUGCCCUGUCCCAUCCAGUCCUCUCAUCCUAGCACACAACGAAACAUGCCCCAAGUCCCUGUUAACUCCACACAUACUGUCACUGAUGAACUUAUUCAUGAACAUAUGUCAUCCCGAACAUGUGCUCCACCUGGAGCUGCAGGAGAAGAGUGGCCUCUUCACAAGAAAAGGUCUGAGAGCAGCAAGAAAGAGAGGGCUCAGACAAAAGAGUCAGAGAGGAAUGAAAGGAAGACGGCAAUGCCUAUCAGAAAGCAAAAGAAAUCAACAAGGGAACCCACUGUUUGCCCUAGAUCUGCAAAGAGGAGUUCCUUACAUCAAAGACUUCCCAAAAAGGUCACACCAGUGGCAGAGCUGCAGCAACAGGAAGGAAGCCAGGAGUAUUCCUGUGAAGGCUAUACUGGCGAUCAUGCACCACCACCUUCUCCGAUCCACACUGCCUUAGGACAGGUCGUUUCAGAGGUAUUGUUCCCUACAGUGGAUUCAUCACCUGCUCGAAGGUCCCCCGUCUCUUCGGUCUCUCCUCCUUGCACUGCCUCUGCACCUCUGCAAUCCCCUGUUCCACCGUGCAAUACGCACAACUCCAUGGAGGUCAUUUCACAGCUGCUGCAGGAGGCUGAAGAUUCAGAUGAAAAGGAGUUUGAAGAUGACCCUUUAUUACAAGUCCUUCGAAAACAGAGGAAAUGGGUGAAGGAGCAAAUCAGUGAAGUGAACUCUAUGUUGAAUGAGUUCCUGGAUGAGCAACAAGUUACUUGAACACUGGCAAGAGACACUUGAUGCAGUCACUUUUAUUUUUUAUUUUUUAUAGAAAUAAAAUUUAUUUGUACUUUUUUGAGGAAAUAUUACCACAUUAAAGAGUUUGGAGAUA